AUGGCCAAACGGUCUGAGCUGGUGCUCCCGAAUCAAACAGGAAGCGUCCCAAAUCUGACCAGUGGUAAUCCAACAACUGGAGGAGGAGGAGGUGCAGGAGCAGCAACAGUAACGGCAGCAACAGCAACAGUGGCGGCGGGAGGUGUAGUCGUAUCGGGGGGAGGAGGGGGAGGAGGUGGUAGUGGAGGUGGAGGUGGUGGUGGCAGCAGCGGCGGUGGUGGUGGUAGUGGUGGUGGUGACUGCGACGAUGGGUCUGUAAUAACUGGACAUAACGCCACCGGCAUUGCAGGUGGUCAUUUAGGACAACAACAACAUCAUUCUCAUUCUGCACAACAACAACAACAACAACACAAUCAUCCUCAACACAAUCACCAUCUUCAUUCACAACAACAACAACAACAGCAAUCACAACCAUUACAUACAUUGACUACAGCAGCCUCGAGUUUACAAAUUAAGUCCGAAACAAGCAUCAAUAACAACAACAACAACAGCAGCAGCAACGGCCACAGUAAUAACGGAAAUAACAACAACAACAACAACAACAACAAUAAUAACAACAACACUAGCACUGACCAGUUGACCAUCACCACGGCGCCCGGGAGCAAAGGACUGAGCUUCUCACCCGAGCAAGUAGCUUGUGUGUGUGAAGCCCUGCAACAAAAAGGUGAUAUAGAGAGACUGGCCCGUUUCCUUUGGUCCUUACCCCCCAACGAACUGCUCAGAGGUAACGAGGCUGUUUUAAAAGCUAGAGCAACCGUGGCUUUUCAUAGGGGCAGCUUUCGGGAACUCUAUGCUAUUCUAGAAAGCCACAAUUUCGAUACUUCGAAUCACAAUUUCUUACAACAAAUGUGGUACAAAGCGCAUUAUAUGGAAGCACAAAAAAUCCGAGGGCGUCCUUUAGGAGCCGUGGAUAAAUACAGAUUACGAAGGAAAUACCCUUUACCGAAAACUAUCUGGGACGGUGAAGAAACGGUUUAUUGUUUUAAAGAAAAAUCGCGGCAGGUAUUGAAAGAUUGUUAUAAACAGAAUCGGUACCCAACUCCAGAUGAAAAACGCAGUCUGGCUAAAAAAACGGGUUUAACGUUAACACAAGUGAGUAACUGGUUUAAAAACCGACGCCAGAGAGAUCGUACGCCUCACACACAUCACCAGAACAGAAAGUAAGUCAGUUUUCAUUUAUUUCC